AUGGCCCAUCCCAAGUUGAUAGCUUAUGCAUUGUUGGUUUUGCUUCUUGUGGAUCUUGCUUUUGCUGCUAGACUUGGAAAGGUGGCCAUUGACGCAGGAGGAGGAGGACGUGGUGGGAAGGGGCGCGGUUCAGGUUCUGGUUCUGGUUCGGGGAGUGGCUCUGAACAGGGAUACGGAUAUGGAUCUGGUUACGGCUCAGGCUAUGGUGGAGGAAUAGGAAAGGGAGGAGGUGGUGGAGGAGGUGGUGGCAGAGGUGGAGGAGGAGGCGGAGGUAGUGGAGGAAGUGGUUCAGGCUACGGAAGCGGCAGUGGUUCAGGAUAUGGAAGUGGUGGUGGGAGAGGAGGAGGCGGAGGAGGUGGUGGUGGUGGUGGAGGCGGUGGAGGUCAUGGUGGUGGUUCUGGAUAUGGCUCAGGUUAUGGGUCUGGUUAUGGAUCAGGAUAUGGUGGCGGUGACGGAAGCGAGGAGCCAUGA